ACCAUCUUCAUGAAAUCAGAAACUAUCGCAAGUAUUGAAAUUCUAACUUCCUGUUUUAUGAUAAAUUUCCUCUAUGGCGCUUCAGUAAGAAUGGUUUCAUUGUUUUUUGUGGAGUCUAUUCAUCGAUUUGAAAUUAAUCGAAAACAAGCAUCACUUCCAUAUGUUCUGCCUUUUGUAAUGAAACAUCUUUGCGGUCCCCUUCAAGGAUAUUUGCAGCAACUUUUCCAAACAAAAUCACUCAUUGUUUUCGCAAAUGUGGGGACAGUAAUCAGUAUUGGUGCUUGUUUCUUUGCAGAAGACAUUUUAACAGUAACAAUCUUAUGGGGUCUCAUAUUUGGUAUUUGUUAUGGUCUUGGAGUUCAAUAUUUACCAUUACUGAUUAAUGCCCAUUUCACAACAAACCAAAGUAAAGCUAAUGGCUUCGCAUAUUCAGGAGGUUGUUUUGGAGGGGUAGUGAUGCCAUUAAUAAUGGAAAUAUGUAUAGAGUAUUACGGACUUAAUGGAUCAUUCCUAAUUUUAUCUGCAAUUGUGGCGAAUUUUAUACCAUUCUCUAUGUUACUGAAAUCACCAAAAGAAAGUUCACUAAAUAAAGUUCAGAAUCAAAAAGCUAACAUGAAAGUUAGUUGUAUUGAAAUCAAAGACACUGAGAAAACACCUUCGCCUUUUCUAAGUCCUGGUGAUAAUAAUGUAAGCCUAACAUUACACAACAAAUCCUUUCCAAAGGACACUGAAGCUGCAAACUUUGACGUCAAUAAAGAGACUGAAAACAAAUCUAAUCGCCCGGUAGAAAAUAAAAAUCUAAAAACUGAGCCUCUAUCAGCUUUUACUCUUCAAAAUUUCAAAAUUUUCAUAGACCCAGCCUUCAUUAUCAUACUACUUAUGUCUACCGGCACAAUAUACAUAACAACAGUUACAUUUACAAUCAUUCUUGAUUUUGUACGCGACAAAAAUGUUGGAGCUAACCUGGAGGUUUAUUAUGUCAUGAUAUUGGCUCUAGCAGAUAUAUGUGGAAGAAUAGGAUCUGGAUUUGUUAUAGACAAACAAAUUUUACCUUCACCUACGGUUACUUCAAUAUGCUGUGUGUGUACUGGAUUAUCUUGUCUUGGUCUAUUAUGCAUUAACAAUUAUUUAUUUCUGAUGUUUGUGGAGUUCUUGCUUCCGUUAUUUUUUGGAUCUAAUUUGAUUUUACAAAUUACUUUAAUACAUGAAUACAUGCCACCAGAGAAAAGAAGUAUGGCAAUGGUUUGUAAAACGAUGUUGUAUGCACCAUUAAGCUUUGCCAUAUCACCCAUGAUUGGUUAUUUCAGAGAAGAGCAUGGAUCUUACGAUGGCGUUAUGUACACUCUAACGGGUAUUUCCUUUUUCUCUGGAUUCAUCAUUUACUUCGUCCCUCAUUUAGCGAAAAGAAGACGGGCAAUAACUUCAAACAAUGUGACAUAAUUUCAUGAAGAAUUUGUUGAAACGCAUACUAGCAUUUUUUACAUUUCAAUUUUUCCCUUAAUUUGCAGAAAUAUUUGUUACAUUGAGGCGUAUUGUAAUAGUUUAGUACAAAUUCUUUUCAAUAGUGGUUGGUAGUAUUUAGUUUCUUUGUAGAAUUCAAGUAUUAUGAACGUUUCAGAUACAUUUUAAUUUGGAUAUGAUGUAGGGAUAUAUAUCCCAGAAAAAUG